AGAAGAAGAAGAAGAAGAAGGGGCGGAGGAGGACCGGACGCAGAAACCGUCCGAGUUCAGAUCCUGAAGUUCCUUCACUUUUUCAGCUGCUCCAGAUUCUCCAUGACCGCCCGGGUGUGUGUGCUGUACUUCGCUCAGAGUGUGGAGCUGACCGGGGUCAGGGAGGAGGAGCUUAGUGACGUGCCAACACCAAUCAGCAGCCAGGACCUGUGGAGCCUGUUGCUAAGGCAACACCCGAGGUUGAGUGUCCUGCAGCAUCAGGUGGUCUUGGCGGUGCGUCAGCAGUACGUUGCCAUCGGCGACCAGCUGGUUAACCUGGGAGACGGGGACGAGAUUGCCGUGGUGCCACCUCUCAGCGGAGGAUAAACACGG